AUGGCGUCCACGAUGAAGGCUUGGCAUUUUACCUCGCCGGGCACCAUCUCCAAGAUCCUCUCCCUCGCCGACAACACUCCCAAGCCCGCCGACGAAGAGAUCAAGAAUGGCCGGAUCCUCAUCAAGGUGGCCCGCGCCUGCAUCAACCCCGCCGACUACAAGGUGCCCGAGCUUGGCCAGGUCUCCAGGGCCCUGGUAUCCUACCCCAAAACGCCCGGCAUGGACCUGUGCGGCCGCGUCGUCGCCGUUGCCGACGAUGUGCACGACGUCGAAGUCGGCCGCCUCGUCAUCGCCCGUGUAAACCCGCUGGGCUCACGGGGCGCUCUCUCCGAAUACGCCAUUGCUGAACUGGACGGCUACGGCACGAUCGCGGACGAUAUCGACUUGGACCAGGCGGCGGGCGCGCCGACGGCCGCGCUGACUGCGUUCCAGACCAUUGCGCCCUACGUCAAGAAGGGAGACAAAGUCUUUAUCAACGGCGGCUCGGGCGGUGUGGGCACGUUUGGUAUCCAGAUCGCCAAGAUCCUCGGCUGUCACUGCAACGUCAUCGAGGAGCUCGAAUCGCGCGGCGAGCAGUUCGCCGUCGUCGUCGACAACGUCGGAGACUCGCCCGCGAACCUCUUCAACGAAUGUCACAAGUUCCUCGUCCCUGACAAGAACGGGGGCUACGUCUUCGUCGGCGGCCAUCUGGCAUCCUGGAUGGAGGAGGGGAGGCUCAAGACUGUGGUGGAUAGCGUCUUCGAGUUUGACCAGGCUCACGAGGCGUUUGAGCAUCUAAAAAGGGAUCAUGUGUUGGAAAAGUAA